AUGCACACCCCAACCAUCCUCCUCAUCGCGGCCGCCGCCAGCGCCGCCGUCGCAGCGCCCGUCACUGUCAUCCCUACCGACUCAACCAACCCUACCAACCCUACCAACAAGAUCAACUACAACGCCCCCAUCGCCGCCGCACUUGUCUCAGCCGGCAUGGUCGACACAGAGGGCCACUGCAUGCACCCACCGCGCGACAGCCUCAUGUACCCUUCCCGUGCCGCCAUGGUCGCUGCUGACACCGCCGCUGUUGACGCCGCCCGUGCUAGCAUCGGUUUCCUCCCCGUCACCCCUGCCGCUGCCUUUGCGGACGAGGAAGAAGAGGAGACUCAAGAGCAGUACAACAAGAAGCUAGUCAAGAUGGACAAGGCUCGUGAGCACGGUGUUGUUUGCACUGUUUUGUAA